AUGGAAGCCUCUCCGCUUGAGUGUUUUGUGACUCAGACGCAGGGCAUCAUGUCGCUUGUGGAUUCCGAAGCUGCCUUCACCCAGCGAUGCCAGGAGGUGAAUGCGGGAACCAUUCACACGGCUUUGCGUGACAAUGGUGUCACGACCUUUGCUAGUCUGGCUUAUGCAUGCGGCACCCCUCAGGAUCGCCCUACGCAGACCGAGCUGGAUGCUUUCAGUACUAGGAUUCUCGGAGCUGCGCCUCGCUUGGGCGACGUCUCGCUCUUGAAGCGACUCAUCUUCGAAUCAUGCACCUUUGUGAUCGCACAGUUGCGCCAGAAUGUUCAAGGCGAUGCUUCUGAGACCCCUAAGAAACUCCCCCUCGCUGAAAAAGCGGCCAGAGCGGCCGAUCAGAAACGCCGCUUGGCGGGGGUCCACAUAGAGAGGGACUCCGUUCCAUCUUAUGCCUUGGUGGAUUUGUGCUUCCAUAUGCUCGAGGUCGGGGUGACAUGGAUCAGCCCAGGCCGCUGCACGAGUCGCGAAAGCGAGAUCCAACUCUCGACCCGCGAUCAAACCAAGGUGUUUAAGCUGGAGGAUAACAGCUUGAAAGUCGGAAACGAGGGCCCAGAUGAUGUGGCCUGCUUCGACUCUCCCAUACGACUACAGUGGUGUCUUCAAAGGAGAGGCCUUGCACUUGAUCAAGCUAGACUUAUGUCUUGGCAACAACAUGAGAGGUGGGUGCAUUGCCUCCUCCACGCACUUACGCGUGAGUGCCCUUCGGGGUUCCACAAGCCGGAUAUGAACCGCAUUGUGCCAGCCGACCGGGAGGCAUGGCUCAUUCUUGCAUCGGAGGUGCCGAGUCUCAAGGUCACAGCCGCUGGCGAGUUUCCGCUUGGUGUUGCACUCGAGGCCCUCCGCACUGACCCACGAAUCACCAUGUAUCUUAUGCCUACUUGGGGCCGGCAGCCUGACGUCAAGAUGCCUUUGGAUGUCCCGUCCCCACCAAAGGACGGCGAGGGUCUGUCUCGCUCGGCAAAACGUCGGAGGCGCUUGAAGGCGGCGGCGGCACGGAAUGCCACGCCGCCUGGAAAGCCGACUUCGACCCCCAAAGGGGCACGUGCCAUGCCUGCCGAGUUGAAGGGCACGCACCAGAAAACCGAAGAUGGCAAGCUCAUUUGUUGGGAUCACAACGGCGGCGGCUGCAAGCUCAAGACUGACGGUGAUCCCCCAGCGUGCCAGCAUGGUGUUCAUGUUGAGGCUGGACGGAUCACUGGCCAGGAUGACGACGGGCUGGGAUACACUUUUUCUCCGGUGCCGGUGGCAGCACAGGACCUUUCUUCUGCCGAAUCGCUGGCAGCCCAGUGCCUGAAUCUUGGCUUUGCAAGUUUUGCACAGCUUCGUGAGCUCAGUGCUCGCCUACCGGCGGACUCUGUGGGAGCACCUUCAGGCCAACCUGUUGCUCCUACGGAUCCCAAAUCUUUUACUUCUGGAGCCUACGUGCACCACGACAAGAACGGGCUUCGAUCCAAUUGUUUUGCAUUUCCUUUUUCCACACAACUGAUUGCACGCAUAUUGUCGGCCGAGUUUCCUGAUGCCUGUUUUUCUUCGGUGGGCCUAUUCUUCAACUUGAGGGCGCCGCUUCAUUCCGAUCGCAACAAUGAUCAUCGGCACGCCAACCUGUUGCUGCCAGCCUCGCAUUUUUCGGAUGGUCAGGUUUGGGUGGAAGGUCGCGGGCAGCAUCCGUGUCCUGACCUCUCCGCCAAACGCCUUGGUUACCUGCUUGAUGUGGCUUCUGGCCCGCAACGGCUGCCCUCAGAGCGUCUCCACACUACAUGCCCCUGGACCGGGGACCGCCUGCUCGUGGUGGGUUUCUGCGUUCGUGAUACACAACGACUCUGUGAACGGGACUGCCACUGGCUGCGGGACUCUGGUUUUCCACUGCCCGGCCCUCCCCAAGAACCUGCUGCCGCUCCUCGCCAGGUCACUUCAACGACUUCUUCGCCCUCUUUGUCUACCUCUACGAGGCUGCCGCCAAAGGUCUCAGCUUCCAUCACCAAGCGCCGCCGCGUUGCAUAUCGGCCUGCCUUGCCAGUGCAUUCUACAGCAAAGUCGUCUAACUCUACGACGCCAACCACACCGGCCGAUCAACAUGCUGAUGCAUUGGCUGAGAAGAUCUUCCCGAACAACCUGGCUCCACUUGUUAUCGAAAUCUUUGCUGGCACCGCCCGCCUCAGCACUGUUGCUGGGCGCAUGGGCUUUCGUACUUUGGCGGUGGACCGCUCCUCGCAGAGAACCAACUUCUCUAUACAACGACUGGACCUUACGUUGGAUGCCGACGUGCAGACGCUGCUUGACAUCAUCAACCUGGAGGCUGACAACAUUGCUUGGAUCCAUUUGGCACCUCCUUGUGGUACAGCCUCGGCGGCACGCUCCAGGCCUUUGCAUAAGGCUGAGCACUACGGCUGCCCUGUGCCUCAACCACUACGCAGUGUCACGGAGCCGCAGGGCCUCUCCACACUGACCGGUGCCGACCGCGAUCGUGUACUCGCUGCCAACAAGUUGUAUCGAGCUGUCGGCUGCAUCGUUGACCUCGCCCUGCAGCUGGGUCUUUUCGCAACCGUCGAGAACCCUCUCAACAGCUUGGCUUGGCUAUGUGACGGCCUCGACCACCUUUGUCGCCGUAAAGAUAGCUACCAACUCAUCUUUGAUGCUUGCAUGCAUGGCGGGGAUCGCGACAAAACUACCUUAUUCUGGUGCUCCGACCCACGCUUUCAGUCGCUGGCACUACGUUGUUCCCGUGACCACAAACAUGCAUCCUGGAAGCCUCGCUUUGUGGAUGGGCAUUGGCAAUUCCCUACUGCUGAGGAGGCGGCAUACCCUUGGCUUCUUUGCGAACGGAUGCUUUACAUUCUGGCUGAGAGUUUUCCUGCAUUGGCUUCCACUUCACAGCAACCGCGAGCCUGUGAGCAAUUGCUGGGAGGGACGGCCAAGAUCUCUCAACCUGACACUUCCGAUUUCUCUUUGCUUGCAAGCGAGGAUAAAAACGACGUGUACGAGGUGGUGGGAAUGGUGUGCGAUGACAACCCUUGUGCGACCCAGGCAGAAAUUCUUACUAUUGGAAUUCCACGUGAACCAGAGGACUUUGUGAAGGCUGCGGUCCGAGCGGGGCACCCUCGCAAUGCAAUACUGGUCAAUCGCCAAGGUCCUGCAAAGGAAAUCGCUGCCAACGUAGUUAUGCCAGCAGAGGAGCGCAAGAAAAGGGCCGAAGAGGCUCGGGAUGCGUGGAAGAAAAUUUCCAAGGAGUCGGCUGACACCAACGACGCGCUUAUGAAACAAAAGCCCGCGUACUUGGCGAAGGCGCUGGCUGGCAAGAACGUCAUUGCUUGGAAGCGCAUUCUUGAGCGAAAUGGUUUCCCUGACAAGAUGCUUUGGGCUGACUUGCGUGAUGGCUUCCGCUUAACAGGAUGGAUGAGAGAGACCGGAAUCUUCAAGCCUAGAGUCAAAGCACCGGAAUCCUCUCUUGAAAGCCUGCUAGCACAAUCGUCUUACCGAUCUCCCAUGACUAUGAGCCGGAUAACAAACACGAAGCCGGACGAGACGUCUAGGAAGGCGUGGGCUGAAACCCAAGAGGAGGAGCGCAAGGGCUGGAUCUUCGAGGACACCGUCCCUGACUUCAGCAACAUCAUUCUGGCGCACCGCUUCGGACUUGAGCAGAAAAACAAAGUACGGGUGAUUGACAACGGCAAGGACUGUGGCUUGAACAUGGCUUGCGGGCUGCCAGAGAAGUUCACCCUGCACGGGGUCGACGUUCUGGCGGCUGUCUUCCUUGAGUUGUUGAAUAUGCCACGUGACCGCUUGUUCAAAUUGGUUGGGAAAACAAUAGAUCUCGUCUCAGCCUAUAAGUUCUACCCAGUACAUCCUCUUGACAGACAACACUUGAGGAUUGGUGUGUUCGACACGGACAGCAAGAGAGCGCGGAUCUAUGGGACUAAUGUCCUACCUUUCGGUGCCACCGGAAGUGUGGCUGGUUUCCUUAGGGUGUCAGCCGCCGUCUGGCACACUGGCGUCCGGGACAUGGGCUUGGGCUGGUGCGCCUACUUCGAUGAUUUUCCAUUGCUAUCUUGUGAUGGAAUGGAGGAACAGAUCGAAGAAUUCGCCGACGAGGUGUUCGAGGCUCUUGGGAUUCAGUAUGCCAAAGAGGGCAAGAAAGCAACAAAGUUUGAUGCAGUUUUUAAUGCACUUGGCUUGGCCUUCGACCUGUCGAGAUUCGAGAGCGGGGUCAUCUCCAUCACACAUACCAGCGAUCGAAAGAAGGAGUUGAAUGACGUUCUCGCGAACAUCUUGCAGACGGGAAGGCUUAGCCCCAAGGAGGCUGAAGUCCUCCGGGGGCGCAUGCAUUGGUAUUCUUCUUACUUGUUCGGACGGGCACCGUGCGAGGCUAUGCACCAGCUUUCCUUAAGGGCCAGGGGAAUCGAUGGUUCAUCGGAACUGAGUGCUGAUCUGGAAUGGGCGGUGAGGACACUGCUCGAACACGUCAGUACCUCGAGACCCUUGGAGUUGAGGCAGACUUCCGGGAGAGAGCUCUUUAUUUUUACUGAUGGAUCUUAUGAACCUGGCGCUGAGAUUGUGGCCGGCAUCGGAGGAAUCAUUUACGAUGCCUCUGGCGUCCCGUUGGCUUUCUUCAGCUCGGAGAUCCCAAUGUUUGAUUUGGAAGUGCUGGAGGCUGAAUCCGAGCAUCCGAUCUAUGAAGUUGAGCUCUACGCGGUGCUUGUGGCGUUCAUGCUAUGGGCAGACGUGUUGAAGGACACCUUCAGCACCUUUUACCUAGACAACGAGGCUGCACAAUCUGCUUUGAUUGCUGGUCGCUCUGGGACCCGGAACGGGCGGCGGCUCCUGCAGCGAGUAUUGUCUUUGGAACACGACAACUUGGCCAGACCGUGGUUUGGUCGAGUGCCUACUCACUCGAAUCCUGCAGAUCCGCCGAGCCGACAGAUCGUGGACCACUUGAUUAAACAAGGUGCAAGGCGGGACAGCGUCGACUUGGGCAGUCUGUUGCUUGAAAGGCCUCCGGAUACGAGCUGA